AGGCUUGUGGUGACCCCAAAGCCAAACCAUCCUAUCUAAUAGACAAGAACCUGGAGUCCGCUGUCAAGUUCAUUGUCAGAAAAUUCCCAGCAGUUGAAACACGCAACAACAAUGUAAGUCUGUUAUUUGCAUGUAUAUUACAUUAUAUUUAAGCUAAUUUUAAGGCUUGGUAUCUAUAUGCAGUCCUUUCUCUAUUGCACUACUAGGUCUGUGCAAUAAAUGUUGUGUUUAGUCAUACUUUAAAGAUAGCAUUGUUUAGAUCAAGUAGGAAUUGUAAAUGAAAUUCUAUCUGAGAUUCAUCAUCCUAUCUUUUCACUAUUGAUGUACCACCCACAUGUACAUUUUCAUAAAUGUUAUGUUAUGUAUGCUAAUUCUAUCUUUAUAGCUAACAUUUUUUCAAUACAACUAAUACAUUAUAUCACCAUUGGCUGGCUUUGUAUUUUGUUAGAAAUGUUAAACUGCUUCUUUGGUGUAGCUGUGAUGUGUUUUGCUAUGUUGUUGUACUUUUUGCUGCUGGGUUUUAUGUUUUACUUGGUCUGUGUUUUUCUUUUGCAUGCUAAACUUCUUGGCUUUUUUCUGGAAUAUUCUUUUGGUAAGUUGAAGCUCCUCAUAGUUCUUGUUUUUUCUAAGGAGUGGCUGCAGAUCCCACUUUUCUGGACCUUAUUUCUCAACAGCUAAAGGUCCCGAAGCUUCUGCGCAUGUGCAGGAUCCUCUACUGCUCUACUCCUAGAGAACAGGCUACUGUGGUGAAUGGUGCUCGUUUAAUAAAGUUAGAUCAAAGUUUAAUCAAUGUCUGCAAAAACACAUAAUGAUAGUAUUCUACAUAACAAAACCGACUAUAAUAGCAUAGUAUAACGUUACUGUAAGACAAAAACACCACCUAAUUUCUUAUGAGAUUUUAGGAUGAUUGAGCGAAUGGUUGCAGUUUCCUCUCAUGUGGCCAAAAUUCAACAGCGCGUGCCACUAGGCAAAAUAUGUGUUUUGAUUGAAACUAAACACAGGUAGGCUAUGCUACAAUGUGUUAACACCAUCUGCUAUCAAAUUCGCUCACUAUACAUACAGUGCAUUCAGAAAGUAUUCAGACCCUUUCACUUUUUCCACAUUUUGUUACGUUACAUCCUUAUUCUCAAAUGUAUUAAAUUGUUUUUUUCCUCAUCAAUCUAUACACAAUACCCCAUAAUGACAACGCAAAAACAGGUUUUUAGAAAUGUUUGCUAAUUUAUAAAAAAAAUAAGUAUUCAGACUUUGUUAAAGCACCUUUGGCAGCGAUUACAGCCUCAAGUCUUAUUGGGCAUGAUGCUACAAGCUUGGCACACCUGUAUUUGGGGAGUUGCUCCCAUUCUUCUCUGCAGAUCCUCUCAAGCUCUGUCAGGUUUGAUGGGUAGCAUCGCUGCACAGCUAUUUUCAGGUCUCUCCAGAGAUGUUCGAUCGGGUUCAAGUCCGGGCUCUGGCUGGGCCACUCAAGGACAUUCAGAGACUUGUCCCAAAGCCACUCCUGCGUUGUCUUGGCUGUGUGCUUAGGGUCGUUGUCCUGUUGGAAGGUGAACCUUCACCCCAGUCUGAGGUCCUGAGCACUCUGGAGCAGUUUUUCAUCAAGGAUCUCUCUGUACUUUGCUCCGUUCAUCUUUCCCUCGAUCCUGACUAGUCUCCCAGUCCCUGCCGCUGAAAAACAUCCGCACAGCAUGAUGCUGCCACCACCAUGCUUCACCAUAGGGAUGGUGCAUGGUUUCUUCCAGACGUGACGCUUGGCAUUCACUUGGAUUCUCAUGGUCUGAGAGUCCUUUAGGUGCCUUUUGGCAAACUCCAAGCAGGCUGUCAUGUGCCUUUCACUGAGGAGUGGCUUCCGUCGGGCCAUUCUACCAUAAAGGCCUGAUUGGUGGAGUACUGCAGAGAUGGUUGUCCUUCUGGAAGGUUCUCCAAUCUCCACAGAGGAACUCUGGAGGUCUGUCAGAGUGACCAUCGGGUUCUUGGUCACCUCCCUGACCAAGGCCCUUCUCCCCGAUUGCUCAGUUUGGCCGGGUGGCCAGCUCUAGGAAGAGUCUUGGUGGUUCCAAACUUGAUGGAGGCCACUGUGUUCUUGGGGACCUUCAAUGCUGCAGAAAUGUUUUGGUACCCUUCCCCAGAUCUGUGCCUCGACACAAUCCUGUCUCUGAGCUCUACUGACAAUUCCUUCGACCUCAUGGCUUGGUUUUUGCUCUGACAUGCACUGUCAACUGCGGGACCUUAUAUAGACAGGUGUGUGCCUUUACAAAUCAUGUCCAAUCAAUUGAAUUUACCACAGGUGGACUCCAAUCAAGUUGUAGAAACAUCUCAAGGAUGAUCAAUGGAAACAGGAUGCACCUGAGCUCAAUUUCGAUUCUCAUAGCAAAGGGUCUGAAUACUUAUGUAAAUAAAAUAAAAACUGUCAUUAUGGGGUAUUGUGUGUAGAUUGAUGAGGGGGGAAAUUAAUUUAAUCAAUUUUAGAAUAAGGAUGUAACGUAACAAAAUGUGGAAAAAGUGAAGUUGGCUGAAUAUUUCCUGAUGCACUGUAAUUCAAAACAACACUGUAGGCUACUUCGAAACAACACUAUAUCUCAAGAAGAUCUAAAUGCAUAUCCCCAUGAAACUGAGAUCAAAUGGUUGGUAUUCAGAUGCUGCGUGGACGUUUUACCGGUAAAUCUUGAAGAAUUAUCAUUCAUAACUGACAGUAGAAAUGUGAAAGGAGGUUCUCUACGAGGAGAGCAGAGACUGUGCGUAAAGUAGAGAAUCCUGCACAUGCGCAGAAGCUUCGGGAAGAAGGGUCCAGAAAAGUCAGAUCCGCAGCCUCUGUCGUUUUUCUAUAUUUUGCAUGUUCUCUUAUUGUCAGUGUAGCAGAUUCUUGUUUAAGUAAUAUUGCUAAUGAUUCAUAUUUUUUAUCAUCUUUCACACCUCAAGAUCAUUCAAGUUUUUCGAUACUGCUAGGUAACAGUUAACUGUUAGGGAACAUUUUGUUAGGUUUUUGUUUGAAAAAUAGAAUAAGUAACAUUUCUGUUGUAGAGAAAAGAGACCAGGGCUGUCUAACAAAUGGCACCCUAUUCUCAAUAUAGUGCAGUACUUUUAACUAGAGCCCUAUUGGCCCUGGUCAAAAGAAACACACUACAUAAGGAAUAGGGUGCCAAUUGGGACGCACACCAAAGAUAACAAUCCAGCCAACAUGACUUCACAUUUGGCUUGUGAGAGGCUAUCAUUGGCUAAAUAAAGGUGCCAUUGUGACAGUGCUAAAAUGCGGAGAUGUUAUCGAAAGCAACAUGAGUAUUUUGGAAUGAUAAAGUUAUUUUUGCUUAGAGCUCUACCUUUUUGAGUUGUUCAAAUGUCACCCUGACCCAUUGUGUGAUAUCCUUAGUAGUAUUUCUCAGGAUAUCUAGGGAUGUUAACAGAUUGAGACCACUUACACUAUCCGGAGAAAAUAUGCACUACCAAGCACAGAUGGCAAUGGGAACAAAUUCAUGAUGAAGUAUACAAUGUUACCACCCUUCUACCAGAUUCCAUCAGCUUAUUUUACUGUGCUCAUCAUUCAUUAUCCAUACCAUGAAGCUUUGUGUGUCCUGUAAAGUUUAACUUGAGUAUAAAAACAAAAUGUUUUUUCUUUACUUCUACAGCAACAGCUUGCACAACUACAAAAAGAGAAGUCUGAAAUCCUUAAGAAUUUAGCAUUGUAUUACUUCACAUUCGUAGAUGUGAUGGAAUUUAAGGUAUGUGGAACUAAGCAUCAUUCAAAGUAGUGAAAAAAGAGAAGGUUCUUAAGAUUCAUUGUCAAAUAAGCAGGAGCAUGUUAGGACUGUCUUGAUACCAAUUUACAGUACUCUAUAUACUGUACAUGUGUAAUGAUAAUCCAUCACAAAUAAUAGUUACUUAUCAUCAACUUACUAUACUGUGAAAUGUACAUACAUCUAAUGUCUUUCUCUCCUUCCAGGACCAUGUCUGUGAGCUGCUGAACACUAUCGAUGCUUGCCAAGUCUUCUUUGAUAUUGUAAGUUAUAAGGCACAUUGAUCUGUACAUAGCAUGUAAUUACAGGAUGCUUUUUUCACUUCAAAGAUGAUAUCUCAUACAGUGCCUUCCGGAAGUAGAAUUAGUCCUUUUGGAGGUUUUUGUUGGUAAGCCAUUCUCAUGAUUUUUGUUGUUGUUGUUGAGCACCCCUCCUUUCCUUUGUUUGCUGAAGUGUGAAGGCCCACCUGAACUCUUUCCUUCAGAAAGUAUUCAUACCAGUUUACUUAUUCCACAUUUUGUUGUUACAGCCUGGAUUCAAAAUUGAUUACAUUUAUUUAUUUUACAGUCUACACACAAUACCCUAUAAUGACAAAGUGAAAACAUGUUUUUAGAAAUUUUAGCAAAUUUAUUGAUAAUGAAAUACAGAAAUAUCUCAUUUACAUAAGUAUUCACACCCCUGAGUCAAUACUUUGUAGAAGCACCUUUGGCAGCGAUUACAGCUUUGUCUUUCUGUUUAAGUCUCUAAGAGCUUUCCACACCUGGAUUGUGUAACAUUUGCCCAUUAUUCUUUUCAAAAUUCUUCAAGCUCUGUCAAAUUGGUUGUUGAUCAUUGCUAGACAACCAUUUUCAGGUCUAGACAUAGAUUUUCAAGUAGAUUUAAAUCAAAACUGUAACUCGUCCACUCAGGAACAUUCACUGUCUUCUUGGUAAGCAACUCUAGUGUAGAUUUGGCCUUGUGUUUUAGGUUAUUGUCCUGCUGAAAGGUGAAUUCAUCUCCCAGUGUCUAGUGCAAAGCAGACUGAACCAGGUUUUCCUCUAGGAAUUUGCCUGUGCUUAGCUACAUUCCAUUUCAUUUUAUUCCUGAAAAAUUCCCCAGUCCUUAACGAUUACAAGCAUACCCAUAACAUCAUGCAGCCACCACUAUGCUUAAAAAUAUGUAGAGUGGAACUCCGUAAUGUGUUGUAUUGGAUUUGCCCCGAACAUAACACUUUGUAUUCAGGACCAAAAGUUAAUUGCUUUGGCAAAAAAAAUCUGUAUUACUUUAGUGCCUUGUUGCAAACAGAAGGCAUGUUUUGGAAUAUGUUUUAUGCUGUACAGACUUCUUUCUUUUCACUCUGUCAAUUAGCUUAGGAUUGUGGAGUAACUAUAAUGUUGUUGAUCCAUCCUCAGUUUUCUCCUAUCACAGCCAUUAAACUCUGUAACUGUUUUAAAGCCACCAUUGGCCUCAUGGUGAAAUCCCUUAGUGGUUUCCUUCCUCUCCGGCAACUGAGUUAGGAAGGACGCCUGUAUCUUUAUAGUGACUGGGUGUAUUGAUACACCAUCCAAAGUGUAAUUAAUAACUUCACCAUGCUCAAAGGGAUAUUCAAUGUCUGCUUUUUUUUUUUUUUUUUUUACCCAUCAACAAAUAGGUGCCCUUCUUUGCGAGGCAUUGUAAAACCUACCUGGUCUUUGUGGUUUAAUCUGUGUUUGGAAUUCACUGCUCGACUGAGGGGCCUUACAGAUGAUUGUAUGUGUGGGGUACAGAGAUGAGGUAGUCAUGUUAAACACUAUUAUUGCACACAGAGUUUGUCCAUGCAACUUAUUAUGUGACUUGUUAAGCACAUUUUUACUCCGGCUUGUCAUAACAAAGGGGUUGAAUACUUAUUGACUCAAGACAUUUCAGCUUUUCAUUUUUAAUUAAUUUGUACACAUUUCUGAAACAUAAUUCCACUUUGAUAUUAUGGGGUAUUGUGUGUAGGCCAGAGACAAAAAAUCUCAAUUUAAUCAAUUUUAAAUUCAGGUGUAACACAACAAAAUGUGGAAAAAGUCAAGACGUGUGAAUACUUUCUGAAGGCACUGUAGAUUACAUGUUUUUAGGAUCAGAUUUAAUAGUCUGGAUGUAGAUUCUAAUUUUCUUCCCACAUCUCAUUUUACAGACUGUAAACUUUGACCUGACCAAGAACUACCUUGACUUAGUAGUGACCUACACUAACCUAAUGAUGCUACUGUCUCGGAUUGAAGAGAGGAAAGCUAUCAUUGGCCUCUACAACUACGCCCAUGAAAUGACACAUGGAUCAAGGUAUGUAGGGUGGUGGCUCUUCCGGUCUAUAUCCUUGCUCCGGUUCAUCUCUGAAACGUUCAAUCUCCAUUUGCACCAUCGCUGUAAAUAAUAUUAAGAUCAUACUUUAACACAAUUUUAACUUACUGUUAUACCAAUUGACAGUGGCCUUAUAUUCAAAUCACAUAGUAAUAUAUGAAAAAUGCAUUCUUAAAAUAUUGUAUGGUAGUUACAGACCUAGCUUAGAUACACCUGAGAACUACCAAUGUCAACAACAUCUGUAUUCUUUUUUAUUUAUUUUCAUCUAGUGAUCGAGAGUACCCUAGGCUGGGACAGAUGAUUGUCGACUACGAGAACCCGCUGAAAAAGAUGAUGGAGGAGUUUGUUCCCCAUGGGAAGGUGAAUAUAAAGUGUCACCUGUAUCUCAACAUGUUAUGUUCUUGUCCUGAGCACUGACAAUGAUAAUACAUGUUUUGGUUACACUUUAUAAUAUAACUUUCGGUUACACUUUAUAAUAACUUUGAUGCUUAAGCCAUGAUUAUGAAUGCUUUUAUUGCUUAUACGGUUUUAUAAAUGUAUAUAUAGUUGAUUAAUGCUUGUUCAUGAAAGUUAUUAUUAACUGUCAUAAACCAAUAUAUCUCUCUCUCUCCUCCCCCUCUCUCUCUCUCCUCCCCUUCUCUCUCUCUCUCUCCUCCCUCCCCUCUCACUCCUCCCUCCCCUGUAGUCGUUGUCAGACGCCCUGCUCUCCCUCCAGAUGGUGUACCCCAGGAGAAAUCUGUCUGCUGACCAGUGGAGGAAUGCACAGCUACUCAGUCUCAUCAGUGCCCCCAGCACCAUGCUCAACCCAGCCCAGUCAGACACAGUGAGAACCCAAUAUAUAAUACAGUUUUGAUCCAAAGGGGCAUGUACAGUACAGUGGGUGUGUACAGUAAUGUGAUCCCUGCAGGAGUUGAACCCAUGACUAUGGUGUUGCUAGUGCCAUACUUGAGACACACAGUACCAUCAAUAUAAAUCUCUGAAAUCACACCGUUUCCUGCUCACAGGCAUGUGCAUUUACCUAUGAUUCUCAUUGUUCUAGAUGCCCUGUGAAUACUUGUCCCUGGACGCCAUGGAGAAGUGGAUAGUAUGUAAGUGUGCAUAGAGUACAGUCUGAUCUAAUUGAUUUGAUAGGUUUAUACCAUUGGAGGGAAGGGGGAGCGUGAUCGUUUUUAAUUGUAGUUCAUUGUUCAGGUACAGGCUUAUUAUUAAAAACAUACAUGAAAUGUGAUGUCAUACAAAAAACGGGUAAAAAUAUUAAUAAUUCGAAAUAUUCUCAUUCCCCACAAAUACUGUUCAAAAUUGUAUUUCUGUGCCUCUAACUUUCUCUCUGUCCUUGUGUUUGAUUGUCAGUUGGCUUCAUCUUAUGCCACGGGGUCCUGAAUAGUGAUCAGGCAGCUCUGAGCCUGUGGAAGCUGGCUCUUCAGAGCAGCACCUGCCUCUGUCUCUUCAGAGACGAGGUGUUCCACAUCCAUAAGGCUGCUGAGGACCUCUUCAUCAACAUCCGCGGGUGAGGGACACUAACUUUACGGGCUGGUUUCCUGAACCCAGAUUAAGCUUAGUCCUGGACUGAAAAGCAUGCUCAAUGGGUACAGCUUGAGAAUAUUCCCAGACAUCUGUUAAGUGUGUGUGUGAGUAAGUAUGUUAACUAUUCUCCCUUUUCAUUUCAUAGCUACAACAAGCGUGUGAAUGACAUCAAAGAGUGCAAAGAACAAGCUCUGUCACAUGCGUAAGUGCCUCAUAAAUGCAUCUUAUUGCACCAAGAGGUUUUUAAUGGUAUCUGACACAGUAUCCUCUCCGAAUUAAAUUGUUGGCGAUUGUUUUUGUUUUGUUACAGAGGCUUGAUGCACAGAGAAAGACGCAAGUUCCUGAGAUCUGCCCUGAAGGAGCUGGCCACAGUCCUAUCUGACCAGCCAGGAUUACUGGGGCCUAAGGUACUGCACUAGUGCUCUAUUUUGGUAUUUUGACACUUUUAUUUAGACAGUAUGGAAAUCAGAAGGGGAUACGGCAGGUGGGAGAAACAGUGGGAAGGGUGGACACAGAGAUUGAAUCCAGUCUCAAGUGGGGAGAUUUGUAUGUGUGACUCCUGCUAGGAGUGUUGCCACUUAACGACGGCUCUUCACCUGCCCUGCUGCACGACUGCUCUCUAGUUGUGUUAACAUGAUAGUGUUACACCAGACUAAUGUAGCGGACAUGAGUUGAGCAUGGUUGCUCAUAGCCCCGCCUGCGAACUUCAAAACAAGUGUCUGCCCUCGGAGUAAGAGGGAUUUUCCUCUUGGUCUAAUGGUCUAAGACGUUGGUUGCUCCGGUGGGAGAUCUGAGUUCAUAUCCCGUGUGUUACACUAACACCACUGCACUACUGCUCUCUAGUUGUGUUAAUAUGUUAAUGUGAGUUGGACUAACACAGUCUAGAUUACUGAGCCCUAAGGUACCACACUACUGCUCUCUAGUUGUGUUAACAUGAUAAUGUUACAUCAGACCAGGUGUCUCCAACAGGUCCACCUAUGAGUAACUCGCCAAACAAUUCAGAAAAUAGAUGCAAUUUUCACGUGUUCCACCGCAAAUUGUCAUAAACAUAUCAGACACUGCAAGCUCCCAGCUACUAUCUAAUCAAUGCAUCAUUCACAUUAUCCCACCCCUGGUUAGCCCCUAUUGGCUUAAAAAGCCAAACCUAACACAAUAUCUGCCAAUUAAUUUCCAGCAAUAUUGCCCCUGUCUGUGUGGUGCGCACGUUAGUCUAUCACUCUGUGUGCAGCCAGUUGAUGUGAUAACCGUCUUGUGGGUUGACAAAUACUUUCCCCAAAACCUUCUCAGUUAAAUGUUAACUGCAAAGUAGGCUUACCUGGCAGAGGUAUAUCAUAAGUAAGUAUAUCAUUUGUAUCUAUUAUUUGUUAUUUGCUAACUUUGCAGAACUAUCAGUAGAUGGCACUCCUCACUCAAUAGAUUCGCAAUUAAAGGGCCAGAUGCGCAAUUAAAGGGGAAUUACACAAAAAUCCAGAUCUAAAAAAUGUUUUAUUCAGAUAUGAUUUGAGCAUUGACAUGGACUCAGAACAUCCAAUUUAGUUGUUUCUCUAUGAACAAUUGUAAUUUUGAGAGUGAAAAAAAGGAAUAAUCUAAAACCAGGAAAAAUUAAACUGAGAAAACAUAAUUUGGGAAAAUAUAUAACAUAAUUUGGUUAAAAAUAAUACAGAUUUUAGAGUUGUUUAUUAAUGAUUAUUUUACCAAAUAUAUUGACAGAAAACAUAGUGCACUACUUUCUCUUGUACACUAAGGACCCGGGUAAGAGUUACAGGGGAGAGGAGAAGAGAAGAAUGUGCCUAUUUGAAAGCUAGAAAAAAAUGAGUAGCUUGUGACAUAUUUCAUUUUUUAAAAGUAGCUGUCAUGCUAGAAAAGGUUGGAGACCCCUGCGAUAGACUAACACCACAGCUGUCUACUUGUCUUAACAUGAUAAUGUUACAUCAUAAUAACACUACUGCACUGCUGCUCUCUAGGGCAGCAGGUAGCCUCGUGGUUAGCGCGUUGGGCCAGUAACCGAAAGGUUGCUGGUUUGAAUACCCGAGCCGACAAGGUGAAAAAUCUGUCGAUGUGCCCUUAAUCCUAAUUUGCUCCAAGGGCGCCGUACUACUAUGGCUGACCCUGUAAAACAACAUAUUUCACUGCACCUAUCCGGUGAAUGUGACAAUAUUACAUAUUUCUUUAUAUCCUAAUAUUUUCUAGUUGAGUUGGACUAACACUAUGUGCACUCUAGUUUUGUUAACAUGAUAAUGCUCGUUGGACUAACUCUAAAGUGAUCAGAGAAUAAGGAUUCAAAUCCUGAAAGAUGUGACUAAUUGAUGGGUGAAAGUAACUAUAUAACAUGACUCCUGUCCUCUUCAUAGGCCCUGUUCGUGUUCAUGGCUCUGUCGUUCGCUCGGGAUGAGAUCAUUUGGCUGCUACGACAUGCAGACAACAUCCAGAAGAAGAGCACAGAUGACUUUAUUGACAAGUAAGACACAUCCUACUGACUCAGCUUGUAACUAUGGGAUUUCCCUUUACCCCUCAGGUAAUGUAGUGGCCCUGUGUUUGCCUCCUUGAAAAGUCUGUGUCAAAAUGCAUCUUCAUGACACGUUUUACUCUUGCUUGAUUUUGGCCAUUAGGAGACUGAAAGUGAUGUGUCUUAACUUGAAUGUUGGCAUGCACAGUUUUGUGGGACUGUAUCAAAAGCAGAGAAAGUAAAAAAAUUGUUUUUGUAAAAUGACCCUUUAAGGAAUGCCAUGGUGUGAAGGAGUAUUGAGCAUACUAAUGAAGUGUAUGUCUAUUCUCUUAGAUAACUCUUGCUAUUCUAUGUCCUCAGGCACAUUGCAGAGCUGAUCUUUUACAUGGAGGAACUGAGGGCCCACGUGAGGAAGUAUGGUCCUGUCAUGCAGAGAUACUACGUCCAGUACCUGUCUGGCUUUGACGCCGUGGUGCUCAACGAGCUAGUACAGGUGAGACUGCUCUGGCUUGCGUCCCAAAUGGCACCCUAUUCCCUAUAUACAGUAUAUUGCACUACUUUGGACCAUGGCUCCUAGAGCUCUGGUCAAAAAUAGUUUACCUAUAUAGGGAAUAGGGUGCAGUUUCGGACGUACUAAUUGUCAAUGUUCUCCCUUUGGUUUCAUAAUAUCCUAGUAUUUAUUAUAUAGUGUAUGACUGGUGAUGGAGUAUUCUGUUAUAUGGGUAUUUCUAUAAACUAGGGUACCAGUGAGCAUUUCUUGUAGUGGACAACUGUUUGGAGCUGUUACAAAGUCAUUAAUAAUAAUUUGCCUAUUUUUUCACAUGAAUACAUUAACAUAUAAAGGGGGAACAUGGAUACAUUCAAUAUAAUUCAUGAGUUGAAUCAAAACCUAUGUUUAAACUCUUUCUCAUGCUUGGAGUCUUCACAGAUUUGGCAAAUAUUGUGUGACAUAAAACACUACCUUUCUUUCUUUAUGAAACUGCUGUUUGUCGUUUUAUCAUUUACUAAGCAUUUAACAAUUGAAUUACACAUUGAACUUCAUCCUGUAAAAUUCCUGGAUAUUGCUGUCGGACUGUUUUUUGUAUGGAGAUCUUGGAAGUGCACUGUAACCUCGUAACAUUUCGUAUCUCCCUAUGUUGAGGUGUGAAAACAGUUUUCACGGGCACACAUAUACAAAAUAAUGUAUGGAUUGUAAAAUCGAAUGCUUCUAACAGAAAGAGUAACUUCAACAAGAUGAAUCAAAUAAAAUCGACACUGUCAUUAACGGGGUUCUUAAAUAAUUAUGCAUAAUAGUUGUUUGAUGUGUAUUUUUAAUGUCUAGCUGUUUAGUUACAUAGGGAAAUUAUCGCACAACAUCAGCUGAUUCAGGAAAGGUUUUUCUGAAUGAAAGUCAAGUGAUAAAGAUCGGGUGUGAUACUGCAGGCGAUUGAACAACAGCCAAAGUGCGGGAAUAAAUGUUGAUCUGGAGAAUUGACAGAACAUUUUGGUGUCUAUACUGUUACGGCGGUCAAGAUAAUUAGCCUAUGUCGUGGACAACAUUGGCAAGAUCAAAUCAAAUGUUAUUGGUCACAUACACAUAUUUAGCAGAUGUUAUUGCGGGUGAAGCGAAAUGUUGCGGUUGUAGUUACAUUCCUGAGGUAAGAUUACGUUCUGUGUACGUUUUGAUUGUUUGUUUUCCAAGUUAAAAUGGAGCAAUCUGGAGGGUGAAAAUUGCGUAUUUAUUAGUUUUUUAAUAGAAAUAGAAAAAAAAGUUUUUCGUUUUUUGCAUAUAAAACCAAAAAACAACUUGAUAUUUCGAUUUUCACGUGUGGGUGGGGUUAAAUGUUGAAUGCCUGUCAUUGAUUAAGUGCAAAGCCAACAUUUCCUGUCCUUUCAAAGUAGGAGUUCGCCCUUCUAACUCCAUUCUAUGAAUCUAUGAAUAUAUUAUUAAUUAAUUAAUUGAUUAAUAGCUGCCUAUACCGUGCCAAGAUAAAGUAAGAUUUCUCAAUUUCUGCAUAAGAUUUAAUGUGUAUUGACUUAUUAAUUAACUGCUGUUACUGUAAAUGGUUAGCUGACUGAUAUAUCCUAGCUACCUAACUAUCCAUUGGUAAUCUUAUUAAAUGAUGCCAUACAGCCAAAACAACAUUAUAUAUUGCUAGACUAGAGAUAUUCCCCUAGCUAUAGUUAGUCAGUGGUUGCACAUCUAACUAGCUGGAAUGAAACAAGGAUGUGAAUAGUAGACAUGUAAAUAUAUCCUUUCACUGUUUACAGCAGGUAUUCAGCUACCCAGAGCUGUCUGAUCAGCCUGAUAGGGUGCCGUGGGUGUGUCCAGCUUACACCUGUGCAAAUCCAUGUGUGUAUAGCAAAGGAAAUGAAACAUCCAACCAAUGCCUCGAGUCGUGCUGUAGGUUCACCACACACCUGGAGGGUUGUGGGGUCCUGUCCAGAAGCAACCCCUUGCCCCUACCCCUAGACACUUGUGGAGAUCUGAGAGGAUUGGACAGGUGUAAGCAAUACUGCCAAAAUCCACCAAGCCUUUCAGAGGGUAAGGUGGAGCUCUCACCAUGUCACCACCCAUCAAUCCCUUUCAGAUCUCCACAAAUGUGUAGACUCUGGGCAGUAGGGGCUAGGGGUUGUUUCUGGACAGGUCAUGGGUAUUUUGGUAGCGCAGUCAGUCAGUCUGGCACUGUCUAAAAAUGUUAAAGGGGCAGUGCAGUUAAAAACUUGAAUUGAGAUACUGGUGUAGUCCCGGCCCUACUAUGAGGUCGAAAUAACACUCUGUAAUUGUGAAAGUUAUGAUAAUGCCCUUUUUGUGUAAGAGCUGUUUGGAGAAAAAAAAACUGGAAUUUCAACCUGUUCAGGUGGGAUGGAACCUUUGGCCCACAUCAUGAUGUCACAAUUUGAUCUGAUUAUAAUAGACCAAUGACCGUUCAUCUGGGUAAAGGGGUGGGCUCUAGACCAUCCUAUCAGCAGAUCUGAGCUGUGCACGUAAAUAUCUUCAAAUUUGUUUCCUAACGCCCGCACGAUCAGACUGAGCAUUUCAAGGACCAAAGGAGGCUCAGGGAAAUAAAUGCUAAACAAUGUGCCUUCGGAAAGUAUUCAGACCCCUUGACUUUUUCCACAUUUUGUUACGUUACAGCCUUAUUCUAAAAUUGAUUCGAUAGUUUUUUCCCCUCAUCAAUCUACACACAAUACCCCAUAAUGAAAAAGCAAAAACUGGCUUUUAGAAAUGUUUGCUAAUUUAUUAAAAAUAAAAAACUGAAAUAUUACAUUUACAUAAGUAUUCAGACCCUUUACUCAGUACUUUGUUGAAGCACCGUUGGCAGCGAUUAAAGCCUAGAGUCUUCUUGGGUAAGACGCUACAAACUUGGCACACCUGUAUUUGGGGAGUUUCUACCAUUCUUCUCUGCAGAUCAUCUCAAGCUCUGUCAGGUUGGAUGGGGAGCGUUGCUGCACAGCUAUUUUCAGGUCUCCAGAGAUGUUCGAUCGGGUUCAAGUCCGAUCUCUGGCUGGGCCACUCAAGGACAUUCAGAGACUUGUCCCGAAGCCACUCCUGCGUUGUCUUGGCUGUGUGCUUAGGGUCGUUGUCCUGUUGGAAGGUGAACCUUCGCCCCAGUCUGAGGUCCUGAGCGCUCUGGAGCAGGUUUUCAUCAAGGAUCUCUCUGUACUUUGCUUCGUUCAUCUUUGCUUCGAUCCUGACUAGUCUCACAGUCCCUGCCACUGAAAAACAUCCCCACAACAUGAUGCUGCCACCACAAUGCUUCACCGUAGGGAUGGUGCCAGGUUUCCUCCAGACAUGACACUUGGCAUUCAGGGCAAAGAGUUAAAUCUUGGUUUCAUCAGACCAAAUAAUCUUGUUUCUCAUGGUCUGAGAGUCUUUAGGUGCCUUUUGCCAAACUCCAAGCGGGCUGUCAUGUGCCUUUUAUUGAGGAGUGGCUUCCGUCUGGCCACUCUACCAUAAAGGCCUAAUUGGUGGAGUGCUGCAGAGAUGGUUGUCCUUCUGGAAGGUUCUCCCAUCUCCACAGAGGAACUCUAGAGCUCUGUGAGAGUGACCAUCGGUCCCUGACCAAGGCCCUUCUCCCUCGAUUGCUCAGUUUAAACAGGCGGCCAGCUCUAGGAAGAGUCUUGGUGGUUCCAAACUUCUUCCAUUUAAGAAUGAUGGAGGCCACUGUGUUCUUGGGGACCUUCAAUACAGCAGACAUUUUUUGGUACCCUUCCCCAGAUCUGUCCCUCGACACAAUCCUGUCUCUGAGCUCUAUUGACAAUUCCUUCGACCUCACGGCUUGGUUUUUGCUCUGGGAUGCACUGUCAACUGUGGGACCUUAUAUAGACAGGUAUGUGCCUUUCCAAAUCAUGUCCAAUCAAUUGAAUUUACCACAGGUGGACUCCAAUCAAGUUGUAGAAACAGCUCAAGGAUGAUCAAUGGAAACAGGAUGCACCUGAGCUCAAUUUCGAGUCUCAUAGCAAAGGGUCUGAAUAUUUAUGUAAAUAAGGUAUUUCUGUUUUUUAUUUUUAAUAAAUUUGCUAACAUUUCUAAAAACCUGUUUUCGCUUUGUCAUUAUGGGGUAUCGUGUGUAGAUUGCUAAAAAAUGUAUAUAUAUUUAAUCCAUUUUAGAACAAGUCUGUAAUGUAACAAAAUGUGGAAAAAGUCGAAGGGUCUGAAUACUUUCCGAAGGCACUGUAUUUCGGAGUUAUUUUAAUUAAAUAAACACACACAGUGAUUUAUUAGAUAUACAGUGAUGAUUUAAAAAUAAAAUUACAAAGACUGCAUGUGGGCUUUAAUAGCUUUCAAAUACUUGAUUCCUCUGUCCUUGGGAGAAUCUCAAUUGCAUUUCCUUGAUUUGUCGCAUCCUCUCCUCGUCUCCUUCUUAAAACCCAUUGGAUGAGAAUGUCAGAGGUCCUUGAGAAUGUCAGAGGUCCUUCCCCUGUCACCUUCUUAUCCAAUGGGUUUUGAGAAGGAGGCGAGGAGACAGGAUGUGAGGAAUCAAGGAAAUGCAAUUGAGAUUCUCCCAUUGUUUCCCCUAUUCCUCACCUCCCUCUUAAAGCACAUUGGGGGAGAGGAGUGAAGGUUACUCCCCUCAGGCUACAAUGCACUUUCAAUGAGAGGCAAGGAGUGGAGGAAACAAGGACAGAGGAAGCAAGAAUUUGACUGCUAGUUUUCAGACACAGACUCACACACACACAAUGUUUGAAGAGUUUACUGAUUAUAAUGAUUUAAUUAUUGGUUAUUAUUAUUGUCAAUGAUUUUGUUGACAGAACCCAUUGUAUUAUAUUAUUGUAUUAAAUUAUUAUAUCACCUAUUAAAACAUAUAGAAAUGCUGUAGGUAAUAUUUUUCAUUCUUCAGGAAUGUUUAGCAUGGCUAAAAUUGACUAAAGCACAAAAAAUACCUGGCAACUAGGCAUGACAAAGAAACAUGCAGUGUCCUGUUUCUUGUGACAUUUUGAAUGCCAUGUAGAUGUUUUGUUGUGGCUAGGUAGAGUUAUGGUCUCAUUGUGCCUACCUAGACUUGUAUUCCUCUGACUACACAUGUGAAGCUGCCUUGAAAAUCAUAUUUAAAUGUAUAUCAAACCAUUUAGAGAUUUGGACCCUGAUGUCACACAUUGGCCCGUUUAUUUAUAGAAAGACCCAUAUGCAGGUUUAUAUUUUGAAGGGAAAAAAGCAGAGCUGACCACUAGAUGGAGACCAAGUAUUUUGUUGACGUUAUUCUUUGCUUGGCCACAUCUCACUCUCUGAAAUGCAAUGUAAAACCCUCUUGUAUUUGCUCAGUUGAUCCCCUCACAGCAGCCUACUGUAAACAGUGUCUAACUGAGGCACUCAUCUCCUCUAGAAUCUGUCCGUCUGUCCUGAGGAUGAGUCCAUCAUCAUGUCCUCCUUCGUCAACACCAUGACGUCCCUCAGCGUCAAACAAGGUAUUCAACCUAACCCGGCCUGCCACUCAUAUUACAGAAAUACCAUAAAAAUUAAACGUUUCUCAUUUAGACUCAUGUUGUUGAUCCAACCUAAAAGAGAGUUCAUUCCAUCUUUUUGCUGUACAUGUUCCAGUUUAGAAAACCUCUACUUGUAUUGAGCAAUGCUUACCGUAGUUGUUUUUAUGUUGACCCGACCUAUAACACAGUUCAAUCCAUUCUGUUGCGUUACAGUAAAUAUUCCAGUUUAGGAAAUGUCUAAUUAAUCAUGCUUAGUUGUUUUUAUCUAGCCAUAUUAGCCUUAAAGCACUAAAAGCCUUUGUCAGUGUAGACAGGUGUUGUUUUGGUAAUGGCUGAGUGAUGGACAGAUGAAAGGAGGGAGGGCAAAUGGUGAGCAGAGUAGGAGCCUGAGCUGCUCUCCACCUCUCCGCCCGCUUCCCUCCCUCAUGUGUCCUCCUGUGUCAUGGUGAUCCCAUAUCUGAGUGAAUUGUCUCUGUCGGUGUUACAGUGGAAGACGGGGACGUAUUUGAUUUCAGGGGCAUGAGGCUGGACUGGUUCAGAUUGCAGGUAAGACGCCAUCAGCAAAAUGAGACGAGCUCUGUGGCGGUGAGGCAGAUCUGGGUUCAAAUAGUAUUCGGAAUCCUUUCACAAUACUAGGCUGGGUUUGACACUUUUGAGACUAUUCUAUUGGUUCCAUUGCUCAAUGGAACCAAUAGAAUAGUCUCAAAAAUUUCAAACCCAGCCCAUCUGGCAAUCCUGGCAGGCUAGAGCCAAGGCAUAAAGUAUUUGGAAGGAUUUCAAAUAUUAUUUGAACCCAUGUCUGGGCUAUGAGGCCACUGCUGGGUGUGUGUGUCGUAAUUAGCACUGUGUGUGUCAUAAUCAGCCAUAAUUAGCACUCUGGGCCAGUAAUGAUGGGACAGUGUUUAGCAUGCUACCCUACUCCUGUCAGCCUGCUCCUGUUUCCUAUCUAUAGGCCGCUGUGCUGUGCUGUGUGUGUGUGUGUGUGUGUGUGUGUGUGUGUGUGUGUGUGUACUGUAGCCGUUGUGUGUGUUGGGGAACCGCCGCCUGGAGAUGCAGUAGAACAGGUUCCCCUCCGCCUCAUCAGCCAUAAUUAGCACUCUGGGACAGUAAUAAGGGAACAGUGUUUAGCAUGAUACCCUACUCCUGUUAGCCUACUCCUGUCUCAGUGUUGCCUAUCUAUAGCUCAGAGAGGACCUGAGCCCCUAUCCGCAUAGCAUCUCAUAGUAGGAGUGCUGAUCUAGGAUCUGUUCAUAUUAUCUUAUGUAUUAUGAUCUAAAAGGCAAAAAUGAUCCUAGAUCAGCACUCUUACUCUAACGCUUUGUGAAUACAGGCCCUCUGGCUGCUGCUCUACACCCUUCACAAACAGCCUCUCCUACUGUACACCAGGAUAGCAAAAACAGAACUGCUCAGAUAACAAGAAGCAGGACGUUGGUUUAUUCGGUGUUUGCCAGGGACAAAGCAAAUUCAGGAAGUAUUUAAACAGCCUGUACAGCUAUACAUACAGUGUAGGCCAUCAUAUUCAGGUGCUGCUGUCAUCCCUAAAAAUAGUAUGGUUGUAUGAAUAUGUCACCGAAUAGUCCUUAUUUAUCGAGAUGGAGUU